AUGACUUUGCUAGAGCCGAGGUUCGAACACAGUACGAUUGAAUUACAAAUCGUUAAUUGUUCAGAUAUAUUUUUAUUUUUUACAAACACCAGUGAAUUAUUAUAUCAACAACUAUCAAAAACUAUUGAUGAUGAUAUAUCGUUUAAUUGGAUAAAUUCAACAAAAUAUUUAAAUACAGUCAUAACAUUAACAGAUGAAAAUAUCAAUAAUAUUACAAUAACUCAGUAUUUUUAUCGAAUUAUUUUGAUAUUUGUUUGUGCAUGUGUAUCACUAUUAACAAUAUUUGGAAAUUUACUUGUUUUAAUCACAUUUCGAAGAAUAAAAACAGUUGGUAAUUUAUUUAUAUUGAGUUUAGCUACAGCAGAUCUUAUUGUUGGAUGCUUUGUAAUGCCAAUUGCUGGAAUUUAUGCAAUUAUGGAAAGUUGGAAUAUGGGAAUUGUUUUAUGCCAGAUAUGGUUAUCGGUUGAUUAUUUUGCGUCUACUGCUAGUAUAUUUAAUUUAUUAACAUUAAGUUUAGAUCGUUAUUGGUCAAUAACAUCACCAUUACAAUAUUUAGGAAAACGAACUCGAACAAGAGCAUUAUUUAUGAUCGGUUUCGCUUGGGGUCUUUCUAUACUAUGGAUUAUACCUAUUAUCGGAUGGCAUGCAUUUAUACAUCAAGGAAUUAGACUCGUACCUGUAAGUAGGCAUGAAAAAUAAUUUGUGUCAUAUAAAGUGGUGGCAAAAAGUUUAACAACAAACUUGUUUUUGUUCUUUCUCGCGAAUCCUAGUAGCUACAAUAAAUCUGACCAUAGGUUCAUACAGCGCUGACUUGGAUGUGUGUAUAUAUAUUAUUCAAACAAUUUCAAUUUGACUUUAACCUGUUAGAAAAAAGGUUUUCUCAGAAAUCCACGAUCUCUAAAAAUUCUACUUUUUUAAAACCCAAUGCAAACAUUUGUUUUAUUAUUUCGUAAGAUAGAGCAAAGUCUUCUCUUCAAAAUGAGACCUUCCGCAGUUCUCCACAACAGUUUUUCAUUGAGUUAUGA